UUAGUCUGCUCUUGUACUACAGAAAUAUGAUGGUCACACCCACGGCUUGAAUAAUAGUAGGGAAAUGCAGUACAGUACACUAUCUAUCUGUUAACUUCUUUACUCUGUUUCUGGUGUGCCCAAAAAAUGUUAGGACUAUUACCUAAAGCGAAUGUUUAUUUAUUUUAGCUAUAUAUCUUAUCCUAACAACGUUGCAGUAUGGCGAUCUGAGAAGGGCAAUACAUUUGAGUGUUUCCUUCCAACUCGCUAACCUGAGCGUUCAGGCUUAGCUACAAUUAUUAUGUGCAACAUUCAACCAAACACGUGUCUUCGAGUUAUCGGCUGUCUUUUAGUAGUUAGCUAGUCCGCUAUUUAGUUGUGGGAUGUGGCGUUGCGAUGUCGCUCCCAGCCCUACAGAACACAAGUGUCUUUUACCGAAGAAUUGUUUCACAAUUUCCUCAGGACAUUAGCCUCGCGUUUGCUUAUGGAUCUGGUGUUUUUAAACAAUGUGGAACUACCCAAGGUCAAAUGGGGAAAAACAUGGUGGACUUCGUGUUCGCUGUGGAUGACCCAGUCACUUGGCACACAAUGAAUCUGUUGCAAAAUCGGAAACAUUACUCUUUCCUUAAGUACCUUGGGCCGAAACACAUUGGCAGUAUUCAGAAUGAUCGCGGAGCUGGAAUUUACUACAACACUUUAGUUCCAAGCAAUGGAAAGGUGAUUAAGUAUGGUGUCAUUAGCACAGAUACCCUGAUUAACGACUUAUUGCACUGGAAGACCAUGUAUGUGGCCGGCAGACUUCACAAACCGGUAAAGAUUCUGCUUCAGAAUGAGGAUGGGAAGCUUCGUGCUGCUCUUGUGGGCAACCUGAAAAGUGCAGUCACAGCUUCCUUCCUCAUGCUUCCUGAGAGCUUCACUGAGGAAGACCUCUUCGUCCAAAUCGCUGGCCUCUCCUACUCCGGUGAUUUCAGGAUGGUAAUCGGUGAAGACAAAUCUAAAGUUUUAAACAUCGUCAAGGAGAACUUGCCACACUUCCGGAUCCUGUACAGCCACAUCCUGCAGGAAUGCCCACAGGUGGUGUACAAGCCCCAGCAGGGAAAACUGGAGGUGGACAAAAGCCCCGAGGGGCAGUUCACCCAGCUGAUGGCUCUCCCGCGGACGCUGCAGCAGCGGAUCACCCGCCUGGUGGACCCGCCGGGGAAGAACCGGGACGUGGAGGAGAUCCUGCUGCAGGUGGCCCAGGACCCGGACUGCGGGCUGGUGGUGCAGCAAGGAAUAUCAUCAAUAGUGAAGUCUUCAAGUAUAUCACAGAGUGUCAAAGGCAUUGUCACUGCUGGGCUGUUGAAAACGGUCUCAUACAGCACGAAAAAGCUGUGGAAAAUGUGGAAAGGCUGGAGGAGGAAGUCACUGUCAUGAUGCUUGAGUUACUCUGUCUGCUGUAAUGAACUGCUGUAUAAAUAUGCCAUUAAAUUCCCCCUUCACACCC